GACGAUGGACGGGGCCAUGUACCGUCAAAUCUUGGGUGAGAACCUCCUUCCCUCAGCCAGGGCAUUGAAAAUGGGUUGUGGAUGGGUAUUCCAGCAUGACAAUGACCCAAAACACACAGCCAAGGCCACAAAGGAGUGGCUCAAGAAGAAGAACAUUAAGGUCUGGAGUGGCCUAGCCAGUCUCCAGACCUUAAUCCCAUAGAUAAUCUGUGGAGGGAGUUGAAGGUUCGAGUUGCCAAACGUCAGCCUCGAAACCUUAAUGACUUGGAGAAGAUCUGCAAAGUGGAGUGGGACAAAAUCCCUCCUGAGAUGUGUGCAAACCUGGUGGCCAACUACAAGAAACAUCUGACCUCUGUGAUUGCCAACAAGGGUUUUGCCACCAAGUACUAAGUCAUGUUUUUCAGAGGGGUCAAAUACUUAUUUCCCUCAUUAAAAUGCAAAUCAAUUUAUAACAUUUUUGACAUGUGUUUUUCUGGAUUUUUUUGUUGUUAUUCUGUCUCUCAAAUAAACCUACCAUUAAAAUUAUAGACUGAUCAUGUCUUUGUCAGUGGGCAAACGUACAAAAUCAGCAGGGGAUCAAAUACUUUUUUCCCUCACUGUAUAUGUUUUCCUUAUCUCUGACCUUUGGUUGUCUGUGUGUCUGUCUGUAUCUCAGGAGACCAGUUCUGGUGUCUGCUGGACAUAGUGCCCAUCAAGAAUGAGAAGGGAGAGGUGGUGCUGUUCCUGGUCUCCCACAAGGACAUCACAGAUACCAAGAAGGACGAGGGGGACCAUGGACAAGACUCAGACACUGGUGAGGGAGGGAGGGAGGUUCAGAUGAAGGGAAAAUGGGAGAGAGGGGGUUGGAGGGAGAGGGAGAGAGAUACAUUGACAGUUAUCUGAUGAAAAAUGAAUAAGCUAAUUACAGUACAUCAAAAGGAUCUUGUCUCCCUCCACCCCCACCCCUCGGCCUGCCUGUCCCCAGACGAGGAGACAGGUCUGGAGGUGCACAAGAUCACCCGCCCCCCAGGCUUUGACAACAACCGCCGGCGUAGCCGGGCCGUACUCUACCAGCUGUCUGGACACUUGCAAAAACAGGACAAGAGCAAGCUCAAGAUCAACAACGUGAGUACACUGUAACACAUGGAUGGAAAUUUACAGCAAAAAUCUUUGCAGUUAGCUACUGGAAUUCUAUAUUACAGUAUAGUACUGUAAAGAGCAAUGCAUUAUGCGGGGACUAUUAGAGCUCUGCGUUGCACAACACGUCCCAUAUCUCACCCUAUCAGCAUUCAGUGAUGUCCAACACGUCCCAUAUCUCACCCUAUCAGCAUUCAGUGAUGUCCAACACGUCCCAUAUCACACCCUAUCAGCAUUCAGUGUUGUCCAACACGUCCCCAUAUCACCCAGUUCAUAUCACCCAGUUAGCCCCAUGUUUGCCCAAUACAUCUCACGUCACCCUAUCAACACUCUUCUAUUGUCCAAUACAGCCCAUAUCUCAUCCUAUCAACACUCUUCUAUUGUCCAAUACAGCCCAUAUAAGCACCCAGAACAUCAAACCACCACUCCUAUGGCUAAUCACUUCCUCAACAUUUCAAUGGCGAAGGUGCAUAAAGAUAUGACGUCAUUGUUUUUAACACUGCCCACAGAGUUCUUAAACUACGGCGCGCGACAUGGUUCAGUGCGCCAGUAUAUCAGCACAAUUUACUUUUUUUGUUUUUUUCCAAACUGCCAUCGUCUUGGAGCUAAAAUUGGGAUCAUAAUAACACUUUUAUUAGUAGCCAUGGUUCAAGAUCUGGUGGUGCUGUUUAGCUAACUCCUAUGGUCAUUAUCUGGCCAUUUGGCAACCAUAGCGCUUGGCAAGACAGCAUCAAUAGCUCUGGGAUCAGGCUUGUUCAUAAGGAUAAACCCUUUAUCAGUCAUGGACUUACUUACUUACUUAGGCCCAUCACUCCUUUGGGAGUAUAGGUCAUCAGGACUUCUGUCCAUCUGUUCUGGGGAGUCUUCUCCAGCUCCUUCCACCCCAUGGCAGUCCUCUUCGUAUCUGUCUCAAGCUCCCACAUGGACUUUAUUGAUUCAAUAUAUCAUUUUCAUUGACCUCUGUGAUGAUGUCUUGGUGUGUGUUUUCAUGUUGUUAUGAUGUGUCAUUUUCUCCCCAGAGGAUGUUUGGGGCGACCCCCAACCCCAUCCCUGAGUACAAGGUGGCUGCCACCCCAAAGUCCCGCUUCAUCCUGCUACACUACGGGACCUUCAAGGCGGGCUGGGAUUGGCUCAUCCUCCUGGCCACUUUCUAUGUGGCCAUCACCGUGCCCUAUAACGUUUGCUUCACUGUGGUGGAGGGGCGGGACGAGGGGGGUGGCUCCGGGUCUCGCAACCCCCCCAGUUACAGCGACAUCUUGGUGGAGAUUCUGUUCAUCAUCGGUAAGAGUGAAAAAACCCACCCCAAAAUGUUACCACACCUUUACUAGGAGACAAACACCCACCCACCUGUAACAGAGGUGGUUCAGUGAACCACACUUGUGCGAUGAUGAACCUUGCCGGAGACCUGAAAACAGAGCCAAUGCCUAGGCUUUGUCUCAGCAGGCUAACACAGUCUUGUGGCGCUGGAGACCUGGGUUCAAACCCUCAUUCGGUCAAACACCCAUUGAUUUAAUAAACAAUUACAUCAUUCACGCAGGCAAUCACAACAACAGCCAAUAAUAAUCCACAUCACAUUAACUCACCUGGUUGGUCGAUAUGCACUUCCUUAUCUAAUUAACAUCCAGCCAAUAAUUUGAGGAGAUCAAUGAGCACUGGUGUAUUUGAUUAAACAGACUGAUAACAUUUUCACCUCUUGUUUACAGACUGUUAACUGUGAGGUUAUAAUAACUAAGAUAAAUACCAAAAGGCUUCCUCUGUUACCCAGCAGUCACAACUGGUUGCAAUGUCACGUCAUGGUUAGGUUGUUCACUGAUUGCGUAAGUUUUUUUAGAUGUCCUGUUUAGGGUUGCAAAAUUAUGGUAACUCCCAAAAUUCACAGGUUUUCCAGAAAUCCCGGCUGUAAGACGCCUGGACACGGAAAGGAAUAAGCAGGAAAUCCGGACUCCUUCAACCAGGAUUUCUGGAAAAUCUGGGAAUUUGGGGAAAGUUAGCUGAAUUUUAUCACCCUAAACAGGACAUCUAAAAAAAUGUACACAAUCAGUGACAACCUAAACCAUGACUUGACAUUGCAACCAGUUAUGUCCUGUUAGAAAACAGGAAACUGUGUUUUCACCAGUGGAGACUGCUAAGGGGAGAACAGCUCAUAAUAAUGGCUGGAAUGGAGUAAAUGGUAUGGUAUCAAACACAUGGAAACCUAGUCUUUGAUGUGUUUGAUACCAUUCCAUGGACUCCGUUCCAGACAUUAUUAUGAGCUAUCCUCCGCUCAGCAGUCUCCACUGGUGUUCUAAUGGUUGUAAUCUCAUUUAUCUGACCAGACAUAUUGAUGUAGACAUGAAAGUAAAUGCAUUCCGCUACACCCACAAUAACAUCUGCUAAAUAUGUGUAUGUUACCAAUAAAAUUUGAUUUGAUUUGAAAUGUCUUAACCUGGUUGUAAUCCGGUUGUAAUCUGACAUCUCUACAACCCGUUUAUGACCAGGAACAACGUCAUUAUGACGUCCCAUGCCAAAUUUUGCUUGCUGGGUUGAAUGACGGUUGAAUGAUCCUACCUAGGAGCAAAACAGAAUGUUUCCACAGAUCCUUUUUAACUAGUUUUAUUGGGUACUUCUUGGUGUUCUAUGUAUUGGCUGGUGCAAUCAAAUGUCCCCUCUGUCCUGUUCUGUCUCAUGAUAUGUUUUUCUGUGACAGACAUUGUGCUGAACUUCCGCACGACCUAUGUGAGUACGACGGGUCAGGUGGUUUAUGAAGCCCGCUCUAUCUUUGUACACUACGCCACCUCCUGGCUGUUUGUUGACCUGAUCGCCGCCCUGCCCUUUGACCUGCUCUACGCCUUCAAUAUCAGCGUGGUGGGUGUGUGGCACGUUCACACAACACAGGCAUGACACACGUGAAGACAACAUACACAAGCACACAUACUGCACACACCACACACACACACACACACACACACACACACACACACACACACACACACACACACACACACACACACACACACACACACACACACACACACACACAUGCAGAGUAGUGACUGAUCACUUUGUUCUUUGGCCAAAGGGCUUCAUAGAGACAUGGGGGUGCAGCCAGCCAGGGACUGGGGUGUGUCUGUCUGUGUGAGUAUAGGUCAUGUUUGUGUGAGAUGUAUUGAGCCGUCAGUCAUACUCCCAAGUCUCCCCAGGCUUUAAUGGAGUCCAGUGUUGUAUCAAUACCAGCCUCCUGCUGCUUCAUCGAUCCCCGAACCAAGAACCUUUCUCAGAACAACACCUCAAAGGCAUCGCUCAACUGUCAAACUUUCCAACUUUCAAGGACACACACACCUGCGCUCACACACACACACACACACACACACACACACACACACACACACACACACACACACACACACACACCUGCGCUCACACACACACACACACCUGCGCUCACACACACACACACACACACACACAGUCAAUACCAAUGACCAUUGAACUCUGCUUUCAUGUCCCCUCCCCCCCUCCUCUUCCCCUGUGCAGUACUUUGGGGUCCACCUGUUGAAGACAGUGCGGUUACUCCGUCUCCUGAGGCUGCUCCAGAAGCUGGAGCGUUACUCUGAGUACAGUGCUGUGGUCCUCACCCUGCUCAUGUCUACUUUCGCCCUGCUGGCCCACUGGAUGGCCUGCGUCUGGUACUUCAUCGGACGCAAGGAGAUCGAGAGCAACAGCCUGAGCUCCUGGGAUAAUGGUGAGUUAACCUGGCUAGAAAUACACACACCACACACAUACAUGCGCACACACACACACACACACACACACACACACACACACACACACACACACACACACACACACACACACACACUAAAUCCCUAUUAGAUGGUAUAUUAUUGAAUAUUGAGUUCAAUCUU